GCCACCACUCGCUCAUGGCGAUAACACACUCAAAAAAACUCUAGACGAUCGUACUAGACACCAUAGCACAGCGUGUUCGUCAUCUCCGACCAAACCAGCGAAGCCACCAGCAGCCGGCGGCAAUGGCAGCCGUGCUCCACCAGACAGCUCUCCAGCCACCUCAAACCACCACGAGACCGCACCUAUGGACGCAUAACCCCAUGGCCAACCUCUCGCCGCCUCACGUGGCGCUCCCCAAGCGCCGACGAGCCCCACUCCGGCGGCUACAUGCAGCCGGCAGCGGCGGCGCCAUCGGCUCCUCCGCCGUCACGGACACCGAGACCGCCACCACCAAACCACCUUCCAAGAAGACGAGCCGCAAGGAGAAGCAGCGGAUGCGGCGUCAGGAGAAGGAGCAGGAGCAGAAGCAGAUGCUGCUGGAAUCCCUGGCCGUCAAGAACGGCGGCGAGGGCGGCGAGGAGGACGACGACGAGCUGCCGCAGCCGGUGUUCGACCGCAUCCUCCGCCGGAUCAUGUUCAUGGUCGGCGUCCCCAUGGCGUCCGGCGUCGGGCUGCUCAACCUGUACGGCGCGCUCGAGCGCGACCAGGGCGUCGCCGUGCCGUUCUGGCUGCCGCUGCUGACCAUCCUCUUCGCCUUCGGCACGUCGGCGCUGGGGAUCGCCUUCGGGACGCUGUCGGCGAGCUGGGACCCGGAGAAGGAAGGGUCGCUGCUCGGGUUGGAAGAGGCCCGGGCCAACUGGCCCGUGCUGUGGAAGGAAGAAAUCGAGAAGGCCAACAAGAAAAAAUGACUGCACAUUGAUGCUAAUUUGCUAGACAGUAUAGUAGACUAGUGGAGCACUGAAAAAUACGUAUGCAUUGCAAAUUCAGUGUGCUAUACUACGUUUCAUAAUGAGGAGAUUGAUUAGUUAUUGAUUA